UCAAUCAUCAUGGCAGUGACAAGAAAACCAAGCAUGGGAAGACAAAAGAUUGAGAUCAAGAGAAUUGAGAAAGAAGAUGCAAGACAAGUUACUUUCUCAAAACGCAGAGGAGGUCUUAUAAAGAAGGCUCAUGAGCUUUGUACCCUUUGUGGGGCUGAAAUCGCCAUUAUCGUGUUCUCGCCUGCUGGAAAACCUUUUUCUUUCAUACAUCCUGAAUCUGUAAUCGAUCGUUACCUCUCGGGGAAUUCUCUUCAGGAGAACAUGACUCCAACUCCACUUGUCUCGGCUCAUCGUGAUGCCAAAAUUCGUGAACUCAAUAAAGAAUAUACUGAAGCACUUAACAAGUUGGAAGCCGAGAAAAAAAGAGGAGCCGCGUUGAAAAAGAUGAAGAAAGCAAGUAGGAAACAGUUUUGGUGGGAUCCUAUUGAUGAUCUAGGGGUACAUGAGUUGGAGCAAUUGAGUAGCGCUAUUGAUGAACUCAAAAAUCAGGUUGCUGAGCGAGCCGAUGAAUUAUUGCUCGGUUCUUCUAGUUCGAUGUCAUUUUUACCGGGGAACAAUUCUUCAAAUGGAAUGAGUAGUACAUCGCAUAGUGAAUAUAGUUCUACUACUACUUAUGAAACAAAGCCAGCUAUUCCAAACCAUCAGAUCCUCACUUCUUCUCUCCCUCAUCACGGAUCAUAUGGCACUGGCUUUGGUUUUUAUGGACGCAAUGGUCUUUAUUAAGAAUCAGCUCAUCCUCUUCGCUGAUCUCAUGGUCUCUAUGAGCCAGUGUCAUUCUUAUUACCUUAAUGUAAUACUUGUUCUCGUGUUCGUUUUUGCUCAU